AUGAUGUUUCAUUUUGAGGAUAGCAGUAGUGAAUCAGAAGAAAAGGAAUAUCAAUUUGAAAAGCAACCCAUAAUAAACAAGGAAGGCGUGUAAAAUAUUAAGGUGGUAGAUAUCAACCAAUAUUAUGAAUUAUUUGAUGCAACAAAGAAAAGCACAAAUGAAGCAAAAUUAUUGUAAAAAUUGAAGGGGAUUCAAAGUAACAAAGAGGUAAAUUGGUAUACAGAAACGGAUCCUAUUCAAUAAUAAUCAUCUUCAAGUGAAGAAGGUGAGUUGACUUACAGAAAGCAUUAAAAGGUUAAGCGUUACUUCGAUUAUAAAUACUACUAAUUUUGUUGGAAUUGCAGAUAGCACGGGCAUUAAACUAAUAUGUGCGAAGUUGGACAAUAACCUUAUUGUUUAAUCUGCUUAAGUUUAAAUCAUUCUUUUUAUGAUUGUGAAUUAAAAUUAGAAAAGGGCAAUUUAAAUUUUGAUGUGUAAACUCCAGAAGCAAAAUGUCUAAACUGUUUGGAUUUGGGUCAUACAAAUUGUAGAUUUAAUAAUAUAAAAUAAUAAUCUUGA